AUGGGAAGAUCUCCAGCUUCUUCUUGUCUCCGUAUAAUCGCUUGCGCCGGCGGCGACGAUGCCGCCGAACCUACGCCCAACGCCCUCGAGAACAAGAGCUCUGGCGACAAGCGUGGAUGGAGUUUCAGGAAGAAACCUGGGAAACAACAGCGAGGGUUGAUCAGUAGUGUAGUCACUGAAACUACUCCUGCUUCAAGGACAAGAGAAACUCUUGAGUCUGCUCUCCUUAAAUCUCCAUCACCUGACAACAACAAUGUUUCUGAAAAGCAGACAUUCUCUGUUGAUGAGAAGAAGAAGAGCCAGUUACCUGUUGCUGCCUAUGUGGCUGAGCCUGUGGAUGAGAAGAAAGCUCAGUCCGUUGAGGACAAACCGGAGGAGAAGAUUGAGCAACUGCCUGUUCUUGUGGAAUCAAAAGGGACUGAAACCGAGGAUGAUGAUUUGGAACCUAAGUUGGAAGUACCCAAAGCUGCUGAUGCAUCAGUGAUGGAGAAAGACAUUACUUCCGAGGUUGAAAUUACUAGUAAGGUUGAAGAAUCUGAAAACGAUGAUGUGAUCAUAAUCAGAAAAGAAAGUGAUGAACAAGUUGAUGAGAAGCUGGAUGCGUCUGUUGUUGUGAUCAUCCAAGCUGCUACACGUGGAUUUUUGGCGCGAAGAGAACUUUUGAAGCGCAAGAAAGUAGUUAAACUCCAAGCUGCAGUACGUGGCCACCUGGUUAGGAACCAAGCCAUGGGGUCGCUGCGUUGCGUCCAAGCUAUUGUCAAAAUGCAGACGCUGGUCCGUGCUCGUCAUUCCAUGACGGGUAAGGUGGAGACAAAUGCAUCAGCACAAAAACUACUGGAAAACAAGUUUGCUAAGCAUCUAAUGGAGUCAACUCCCAAGACGAAGCCUAUCAGCAUUAAGUGUGAUCCAAUUCCAACAAAACCUAGCUCUGCUUGGAACUGGUUGGAGAGGUGGAUGUCUGUUUCUAAGCCUGAGAAGACUUCCAAAGCAGAUGUGGCAGCCGAAGAACAACACUUGGAAGAAACAGAGAAUGUCAAAGACUUGGUGAACUCUGAUUCAGCGGUAGAGACCGAAACUAAAACUGGUUCCUCAAGCUAUGAAGCGAGUAAGGUCGAAGCUCAGCAUGUGGAGCUAUCCGAGACAGAGAAAAUGAGCCAAUAUGAUUCACCAGAAGCAUCUGCGGAGGUUGAUCAUGACUCGAUCCAGUCUCAUCCACUUGCUGCUAAGGAUCCAGAUGCUUUGCUCGAAGAGCCUGAAUAUGUAGAUGAACAGCCUAAACAUUCUUUGAAGCGUAAGGCAAGCAACCCUUCUUUCAUUGCCGCGCAGUCCAAGUUUGAGGAACUAACUUCAUUUGUUGGCUCAAACAAAGCAAUGACGCUUUCUUCUUCUAAAGAUAGUGUUUUGGUUGAAGAAACCAAAACAGAUGUGGAAUCAUCAGAGGUUAACACUACAAACACUAAACAAGAUCACUCUGUGGAAGAUGUUGCUCUUGACGGAUCUGAAUGUGGCACUGAGCUCUCUGUAACUUCUUCUCUUGAUUCACUUGACAAGAAGUCAGACGGUGAGGGUGCAGAUCCCAAGGUUGAAGGUAAGCUUUUAGAGCAUGAGACUAUCAAAGCAGACCAAGCAGACUUGAUAGAGAUUGAUGUUAAAGAUGAAACUCCAUUGGCUACUGUAGAGGACCCUAAGGAGACAGUUGAGAUUGCGCCGACACAACAGCAUGAAUCAGUUAUUAGUACACCAGAUUCCAAAAAGAGAAGGGCAGAAGAUGAAUCAGGUCCUCAAGCUUACUCUUUACCUGAGGAAGCUUCAACUCCGAUGACAAUCAGUGAGUCUCAGGCGACACCGGCGAGUCAAGCAUCUUCCUCAGUUACUAAAGCAAGAAAGGGGAAAUCCGAAAAGAGCGGUUCGAGCCAAAAGCGGAACGUUAGCAAGAAAAUAACAACAUCAAGUCCGAAACAGGAAACUGGCACCGGUGAGGCUAGUAAUGAGCAAGAAGAAGGGAGAGAACAGAAAAGCGGGAGGAGAAAUUCGUUCGGGUAUGAUCAAGAAGCAAGAGAAGGCAGCGGAGGCAAGAACUCUCUCCCUCGGUUCAUGCAGCCAACACAGUCGGCGAAAGCUAAGGUUCAAGAACAUAACUCACCGAGGUCAAGUCCUGAUCUACAGGAGAGAGACGCUGCUUCAGCCAAGAAGAGACAUUCGUUGCCUGUUGGUGCCAAUGGGAAACAAGGAUCUCCAAGAAUCCAACGGUCUGCUUCUCAAGCGCAACCGGGAACAAAGGAUAGAAAAUGGCAGAGAUGA